AUGGAUAAAGGUAAGUCUCCAAAUCAUGGUAAUGGAAGUUUACUGCCUCCAUUGGGAAGGUACUCUGCUUUUACACCACCUAUUAGUAGUUAUAAUGGGAAAUCAGAGCAAUCUGGUUUAUCAAAUUUGCCUCCCUUAGGACCAGGCAGUUCAUCAGAGUUGGGUCAUUUCGGUCAUGGGAUGUCUUCGGAUUCGAGCAGAUUUAGUCACGAUGUUAGUCGAAUGCCUGACAAUCCACCUAAGAAUUUAGGUCACCGGCGUGCUCACUCGGAGAUUCUUACCCUUCCCGAUGAUAUUAACUUUGAUAGUGAUCUAGGUGUUGUGGGCGGAUUGGAUGGGCCCACAUUUUCAGAUGAGACUGAAGAGGACUUGCUGCUGUCAAUGUAUCUUGACAUGGAUAAGCUCAAUUCUUCAUCUGCAACUUCUUCAUUUCAAAUGGACGAAUCGUCGUCAUCUAUUCCAGCAUCAGCACGGGUCAACCCUUCAGCUGAUAGUGUGGCUGCAGCUUUAAGCGAGAAGCCAAGAGUAAGACAUCAGCAUAGCCAAUCCAUGGAUGGGUCAACUACAAUCAAACCUGAGAUGCUCUUGUCGGGUUCGGAAGAACCCUCUUCAGUUGAGUCUAAGAAAGCCAUGUCUGCCGCUAAACUUGCUGAGCUUGCUCUCAUUGAUCCAAAGCGUGCAAAGAGGAUUUGGGCUAAUCGGCAGUCAGCCGCAAGAUCGAAGGAAAGAAAGAUGAGGUAUAUAGCUGAGCUUGAAAGGAAAAUCCAGGCUAUGCAAGCAGAAGCUAUGUCCUUGUCUGCGCAGUUGACUGUGUUGCAGAGAGGUACAAAUGACCUUACUGCUGAAAACAGUGAACUCAAAUUGCAGCUGCAAGCAAUGGAACAACAACUGAACUUGCAAGAAGCAAUGAAUGAAGCUACAAAGGAAGAGAUCCAGCAUUUGAAAGUGUUGACGGGUCAAGCAAUUCCAAAUGGUGGACCUAUGAUGAAUUUUCCAGCAUCUUAUGGGGCCAAGCAGCAACGUUAUCCUAACAACCAUGCUAUGAAUGCAUUGUUAACUGCUCAACAAUUUCAACAGCUCCAAAUAAAUUCACAGUUUCAGCAGCAUCAACUGCACCAGUUGCAGCAGCAACGAGCUUCAUUGCAGCAACAAGAACAGCAGCUACAACAUGCUUUGGACUUGAAACGGAGUACUUCUCUGCCAACUCCCACUGAAAAAGAGAAUACUACUGCAGACACACCAUCAAAGAAUUAG